AUGUCCAGUCCAGAUCCUAGGCAGUCCGCACGCUCAAGCCUGUCUGAUGUGUCGGAGACACCAGCCCCUCAGUCCCAGGUCGAAAAUUCCCCCGCCAUUCAUCCCGAUUCUCAUGAGGCUGAGCAUCCCGGCAUAGAAUUGCAGAGAGUGGGUUCAGGGUCGAUACACACAAAGCAGUCCGACGAUACAAAUUCUCAGCAACAUCCAAAGCUUAAAUCUACCUCAGCUCCAGACUUGAACAAGGCAAAUGAUGUUCCAGUCGCCCGUCGAAUUGCUUCAGUUGAUGGCUUCACCUGGCCCCCGCCUGACGCUUGCUCGAGUUCUGCUGAUCCGGCACCUUUGCCUUUGUUCUCACAGCCAAACUCAAAAAAAGUGAGCGUGGCGAAAUGCGAAUCGGAGCUGCAGAAAGUCGAUCCCGGAACAACUGUCGAGCCCUCAGACAAAAGCCCUUCAACGGCGUCAGUUCCUCGAUGCCCUUCUAGAGCCCCAUCUGAACGACGGGCUGGCUCACUUCCGCCUCCACCUUUGCCUCUUUCCAAAACAAACCAAGGGGAUUCGGCACAUACCAACGAUGGGAGUUAUCGCAAGAUAGUUAAUCUCGCAGCCUCCGCCUUUGACCAUAUUGGCAGAAACUCCGGCCGGGAAUCCCGCAAUCCAGACGCAUACAUCAUCUGUACAGACUUUUCACAUACAUCACACUCCCGUCAAACCACAAUUCGCAGCGCGGAACACUUCGCGCAACUAUGUCGUUCUAUUCCAACUAACAUAACUCAUCGACUAUUCCUCGUUGAGGAUCUCAGCCGGAGUGUUAUUGACCUUCUUGGUCAAUACCUCAAGAUCAGCCCCGAGUUCUUUGAAGAACAUCUCAUAAACUCUGGCUUUAUCGAUGCUGAGUACGACGAUCCGCCGGCAAGUUCGUGGAGAACUUCGGGCAUGAAGAAAUCCUACACUUGUUUGAAGUGGUAUCGCCCUGUGUGGAGGCUACCUACAGCACCAUAUUCGAAGCAGGACCUUGAUGAUUUGCUAGUUAAUAACCGUUUGGAAUAUGCAACCUCCAAGCCGCGCGUGGUGAAAGUCUUUGAAACUGUGACAAACAUAUUUCGGUCAGAGUGGGAGCUCUGGACAGAUCCAAAGACAACAUCGCGCAAAAAAAGGCUGUGUGGCUGGGAAGAGCGCCUAUCGGUCUGGAGCGGCAAACUGCCCGGCUGCUCUUGUAAAUUUGUAGUUUUGCUAGUUGACCCUCUGCCGCUCUUGAAGAAUAUCUUGGAGCGAGAGACGUUCGUAAACAGUGUUGGAGAAGAGGGAACUUAUUCCGACCGUUCAACCGAGGAUUAUUCCGAGGACCUGGACGAGGACGACGCAUACGAGGGUGACCUCGAAGCUCUGGAUCAACCUCCGGUCCGCAUACGGGAACGAAGACUCCAGUACCGGCAAAAUAUUAUGCUUCAGUCUAUGAUGCGACCAUUUUCCAAGCCAAAGCAGAUCCGCAAAGGGCCUCCGGAAAGGAAGUUCAGAAGGAACUUCUGUAUUAUUGAGCAAACAAGCAACCGGGUGCCUCUUGAUGCCGACUCCGACAGUGUGUUCCAAUCAGCGCAAAGCCUUUGGGAUUUAAAACGUCAAUUAUGCGACACCGUUUCGACAAGCCAUAUGUUCGAUAACAUCCUCUGUCGAGCAGCCAAAGACAGGGAUGAUGUUGGAGGACCCGAAAUGCUGAGCCCCCUUUUCGAAAUAGUUCGCUAUGACAUGCAGGGGUUGCUCAAAUUGUUGGACAACGUCCUUGAGAGCAUAAAUCUAGGCGUUUUGGACGACGCCACAAUGGAGGAGCGACUUUCCAUCUGGAGACAGAUCAUAACCCGUGCUCAACUCGAAUUGCCUCAAAUCCAUAACGACAUUAAAAGGUUUUUUACUUUCUUACAAGAAAAAGACCCUGAGACUUCGGAGAACGAUUCCGGCCAGUCAGCCAUCAACUCUAAGGAAUCACAGGACCUCUCAAUGCAGAUUGAAGAAAUGCUGCGGAGGUUACAAGCAACCUCAGUUUCCCUGACCUCGAAUAUGUCUCUUCUUGACAGCCGCAGAUCCAUUGCUGAGGCAAAGUCUGUCACAAAACUGACUGAGCUAGCCUUCUUCUUUAUUCCGCUUACAUUUGCGGCAACACUUUUUGGAAUGCAGGUCAAGCCGCUUGAAAACCGGGCACCCUUGUCAACGUUUAUUUUAAUCGGUGCCGGCUUCACCACGUCGUCGUAUCUUGUUCGAUUGCUACUUCGAAGCACUUGGCUGCGUCAACUACGAGACGCCGGCACAAGCGGCAUUAGAACUUUCGCCGACCGCAACCGACAUCCAAUGCAGCGAGGCUCUGUCCCUACGUCUUUGUUUUUGAAAUACUCAUUUCAUAUAGUUCGACUCAGCUUUGCAAGAACUUUGGGUUACAUAUUUACAAGAACCAAGAUGUUCUUCAUAAUACUGCUACGACUUUCUCUCAUGCUCUUCAAGCCGUUUCGAUUCAUCAUCAUUGGCAUUUCAUACAUUUUGCUGAUUUGCGCUAUUCCCAUGGCAGUUCUGUGGACGCGGCACAUGGAACAUGAUGUCCAGGUUGCAAUCACGGUAGCAUUUUUUACAUUUACCUCUCUCCCUGUUUUCCUGCUUCACUGGAAGUUUUCGACUCCUAAAGAGCGAAACGCUCUUCCUCGACUAAUCCAGAGCAUUAAGAAUAAUUCCUCGUCGCUCGCCAGCGUUUUGGCGUGGAUCGCGGUAAUUUGCUCCUUUCUAACCCCGGUGGCUAUUAUGUGGGCUGGUAGCCUAGAGCAUGGCAUACAGAUUGCGUUGACUGCCGCUCUUCUUUCAACGCUGGCUGUUUUCUUUAUUAUGUACUGGCUUAAAACAGCCUUGCUGUCGGGACUACGAGAUUCAGUUCGUUGGCAGACCGCAAGCAGUUAUGCAGAGAGUCUGGAUAGUUCUUGA